CAUUGUGCUAACCACCUUAAGGAGAUAAAGUUUUGUGUGUUUUGUGCCUUGUUUUCACGGAGAACAUCGUAUUGCUUUCGUUUUUGGAUUUAUGUUUACUUGGAUACGGUGAUGCUGGGCGGGGCGGUGGGAGCGGGCUCGCCGACCGGCGACGAUCUGCUCACCGUCACCGUGGCGCGCGACGAGCACGGGUAUGGGAUGAAGGUGUCAGGUGACAACCCAGUGUACGUGCAGUCAGUGAAAGAGCACGGCGCCGCGUGGCGCGCCGGCCUGCGCGCAGGAGACCGCAUCCUGCGCGUCGACUCGAUACCGGUGCACCAUCACACGCACCAGCAGGUCGUGCAUAUGAUACGAGCAAAUCCAACGACAGUGUUGACAGUACAGCAGAACAGUUCCAGACACAAAACACCUAUCACAGCACCAGUACCUGUUAAUCCGGAGAAACAGCGCCAGUUGGAAGUGUCAAAAGUGCACACGGUGCGUCUGAUGCUUGAGCAAGAACAGAAGUACAUAAGGGAUCUCAAAAAUUCACUGCUAAAAGUGCCUGAUGUGAGGAAACAAGCGCUACUAGAAUCAGCCGAACAACGAUGUUCAAUAUUACAACACGAGAUAGACACGAUCAUGGCGGGACAGCCGGAGCCGCCGUCCACCCCUCGGCUCGGCCGCUCCAAGGACACGCACGACAAGCCGGCCCCGCCCACCGGCUUCCUCAGCGGCCUUCCGCGAUCCCUCUCUAACCUCACCGGACAGAGCUUACGGAAUCUGCGACAAGCGAGACAGACUAGAUUACAGCAAGAAAACCAACCGACACAGCCCUUGAGACUACAUAACACACAUAGCAUGAAUAACACGCAUAAUACGCAUAAUAAUACAGUGCCAAUCGUGCCAACAACGUGUCUCGAUAACUCACCCCCACCGCUACCGCCAAGAUCGAUAGAACGAAGAAAUCCGUUGUCCCCACCAAUAACAACAACGGCGAAUAGCAAACACUUGCAACAACAACAACAACAAUCGCCGUACAACAGAAGAGCGCAAUAUAGAGAGGAGAUAAGGCGUUCGUCGCAUUCCCUUGAUGGGGAAUUGGAUGGACCGCAACCGAACUCGAUAGCUCUGCAGAUGAGCUACCCGCUGGUGAAUCUGCCGCCGCCGCCCUUGCAGACAGAUAACAGAAAUAGUGUGCCGGUUAUGCACGUCAGAAGUCAAUCGUCGCCUGAGCAUUUGGACCACGAGUUGCCUAGGUCUCGAGGCGGUGCGGAAAAAGAGGCGUGGUCUCGCGGCACGUCACCGCCGGGCACUCCGCCACCGCCCUACCCGCACUCCACACAGCCAUGUUCAGAUCCACAGAGAGCGAUAAUAUCGAUGGAGGAGGACGAUUCACCGGCGUCGGACAGUUCAACAUACUCCGGCCUGUUUUCGAACCUGCGCACGGUGCGCGACUCGAAAGCUAGAAUGGCGGUCCUUAUCAAUUGGCUGUUGGGCGAGAGACGGUGCGCGUGCGCAGCCCUAGUGCUAGUGCUGACGGACGCGUAUCGGUCCGCGGCCGGAGCCCCCGCAGCCCUAAGACGAUGGGCGUACGAGAUACACUCGGUGUUUCUGAUGCCCAAUGCGGUGCUGCAGUUAAACGGUGUGGAUGAAAAUAUGGCCAAUGAGAUUGAACAUGUACUAGUUAACGAAUACGAGAAAGAAGAAAUCCUCCGCAACGUGUUCCGCAAAGCGCGAAGACAAGCGAAGGACGAACUUGCCAAACAACUGUCGGAGUUCCAAGGCAAGAGGCGGUUGGGACUUGCCACACUGUAUGGACCUGAUGAUGCCACACUGCAGAGGUGUGACGUGGACAAGGCGCAGGAAGUGGUAGUGGUCGAGAGGAUAAUGUGCCAACGUCUCCGAGCUGUCGCUCAAGCGGGGCCCGGGGGCAAUACUGCCAAUAUCGGCAGGGGCAAUGGGGGUUCGCCCGAGGCACAUUCCGCGCUGUUGGCUGCGUUGGUAGCUGCAGCGCUGUGUUUGCACUGUCGACCGGCGUCGGUAGCGGCGGCGGUGGGCGGGUCUCGCGCGUCCUUCUUACAAAGGGAUAAAUUGUACAAGCAGCGCGUCAAGCAGCUCGCCAAACAGCAUCCGCAGCCGUACGUGGUCCGCGGGCACCACCUGCAGCUGCAGGCGAUCACGUCGCUCGCGCACUGCCACCACUGCGAGUUGCCGCUCGCCGGCCUCGCGCCGCAGGCCUACGUGUGCACCGAUUGCAAGCUACGUGUUCACCGCGGCUGCGCUCGUGCCGUCGAAGAGGGAUGUUGCUUGGACGGGGAGCACGCACCGAACCGCAUCUCGCGGUUCAUGGAGCGGAUACACCAUAACAACACGCCAGGGCAAGAUUCCGGUGACAAGAAGUCAAGAAAGUCAUCGGGCACCGCGCAUUUUCUUAACAUGGAAAGGAGUUUCCGCAAAAUAGAAGACGAACCGAACUGGGACCAGACUCUCACGCCGACACCAAAUCAAGGAGAAUCAAGAAGGGAGGGAUCAACGGAAGAGCAGUCGGCGCCCGAUGUCGACAAUGAUGCGAAUGAGAACAACGCUAAGGAAGUGACUGAGAAAGAAAACAAUUGGCGCAGUGGCGGCAGUUCGAACGCGGCGUCGCGCGGCGUGUACCGCGCGGAGAGUUGCCGUGAGCGAGACGCACCGAGGCGCGGCAAGCACCGCAACGCGUCCGAUCCGAACCGCCUCACCGCGCACCCGAGCCAUGAUUUGGAGCCAGGAGCGGCGACAGCGCCUUCCGGCAGCUCGAGCAGUUCGAGUUUGUCGUCUAGAAGCAACGAGAGCAACACUGUCGCAGCUGAGCAACAAGGUGAUUGGUCAGAAGAAGAGGAGCCGCUGGCUGCGCAGUGGUCGGACAGCUUGCCGGCCGCCGUGCGCGACAGCGUGGUGCUGUGCGCCCGCCUCAGGAAGCGGCAGGAGGUCAUACAUGAGCUGAUAGUAUCGGAGGGGUCUCACGUGCGCUGGCUCAAAGUGCUGGGCGGGGAUUUCCUGCGGCCACUGGAGCGGCAGCCCGCCCUGCUGCCGGCGGACGAGCUGCGUGCUCUGUUCCCCAACCUGCCGGCUGUGAAGGAGCGGCACUCGAGGCUGUAUGGCGAGCUGCGGGCCGUGCGGAGUGAGGCCCCGCAGCAUGUGGUCGGCGUGCGGGCCGUGGCUGAUGUCAUGCUGAACACGCUGGGCGAGGCGGGCUACGCGAGCUGCCUGGCGCGGUUCUGCCGCGGGCAGCGCAUGGCGCUGGACGCGCUGCGCGAGCGCCGCCGCAAGAACAAGGAGCUGCACCAGUUCCUGGCGGGCCGCGAGCAGCUGCCCCGCUGCGGCCGCCUGCAGCUGCGCGACCUGCUCGCCUGCGUGUGGCAGAGAUUAACAAAAUACCAGCUGCUCCUCGAAGGCAUCCUCAAGACAGUGGUAGAAGAAGAAAGUGCGGAGGACGUGGCCCAACUUCGCCGAGCGUUGGCCACUGCCAAGGAAGUGCUGCACACUGUGGACACGGCUAUACGCACCGCUGAGAAUGAGCAUAGAUUAAAAACGAUACAAAGCAAGCUCGAAGUGCGUGCGCCGGUUGGAGGCGAGUGGGAGGAGUUAAGGCGAUUGGAUCUGACUGCGCACGCGCUGCGCAUGGAGGGCGAGCUGCUGCUGCGGACUGACGCCAAGAAGUGCGGCGUGCGGGCGCUGAUGCUGGAGGACAGCCUGGUGCUGCUGCAGCGCGAGGCGGACCGGUUCCUGCUGAAGCCGAUCGCGCAGCCCUCGCAGAACACGCUGCUCUCACCGCUCAUUAAGUGGGAUAAGGUGCUGUUCCGACCGAACGCUGCGAUGCGCAAUACAUUCUUCCUCAUGAACAUCAACGGUAUACAGAUGCACGAACUAUCCGCUAAUACUGCCGCUGAGUACGCCACGUGGGUACGGCUCAUACAAGAGUCACCGUUAGCGCGGCUUGCUGAAACCAAAACUAACAUCGUCUCACAUCAACACACGCGGUCCACUGAUGAUUCUGGAAUAAACGUAUCUAGAAAUCCAUCUGAUGCGUCAGAGAAGUCAACAUCAAGCGCGCCACCUGACGACGAUAGUGAUAAUAAAUUGGACAAACUCGACAAAUUGGACAAAUUGGAUAAAUUGGACAAAUUGGACAAACUGGACAAAUUGGACAAAGACAAGGAAGUUGAGAAGGAAAGUCAGGAGAGAGAGGAAGUCAAGGGAGAGAGAGAUAGAUCGGUGUCGGUUGACAAGGAUGAUAGUGAAGAUGGGCACAGAUGGCGCGCUACAGAGGGCCGUAUCACGACACACGUCCCGGAGCCCGAGGGCGGAGCCCUAGAGGCGAGCGAUGCGCUGGUGAUCCGCCCUCCCUUAAGGGAUGUGCCUACGGCACAGAGGGUGCUGUCACAUAGCGAGCGUCUCCGUCGGUUGGACGCAGCGAUAGCGCACGCCCUGUCGGCCAAGAGCGCAGUGGUGGGGGAACUGUUGGGCUUGCCGCCGCGUGCCUUUGCGCACCUCAGUGAGUUGGCUGUAGCCGACACCUUGGGGCAGGAUGACUUAAGUGGUGAUCUACGACCGGGUGAAAUGUCAGUGGAAAGUGAACCAGACAUACAUCAGCUGUUGUUGGCUGCGCAAGCGCAAGCAAACCAACUGACGGAGAUGUUAAGCAGCGCGCUGUCGAUCAGCGAAGCGAGCGCGAUGCGAGCGCGGAGCGGCCGCUGCGACACGUGCCGGGCGACGGACGACAGGCUGCAUAGUGGUGACGCGCCAGACACGUCAAUGUCGAUGGACGACACGGCUGACGGCGAGAUUUCCAGAGAGAACGGCAAGUUGAACCAGUCGCAGUCGCAGUCGCAGUCGCUGGACGUGUCGUUCGACAUGUUGCCCGACGUGUCGCAAGAGUUGCAAGAGCCUGAUAUUGACAGUUAUUUGGCGGGUGAAGCGGGCAGCACGGGUGCUGCGGCUCUGGCGGCGCGGCUGGCGGGCGUGUCGGCCGGGCUGCACGCGGCGCUGGGCCGGCUGGUGGCCGCGCUGCCCGCGCUGCACGCCCAGCGCGCCGCGCUGCGCCGCGAGCUGGCCGCCUGCCGCGAGCGGGAGCAGCGCGCACAACGCGAUAAACGAAUGACGGAGGAGAUGGCGAUCCUUAAGGACAGUGUGGACCAAUCAAUACAGGACCAACCGAGCAACGGGGGCUGAUUUCACGAGCGGACACCAAACAAACACUAAGCUGACGUAAUUCCGACCAAAACGAUGGUCUUAGACAUUUGUGUCAAACAAACAAACAUACAAACAUAAUUGUAUUCCACCAGACACGACAAACGGGACAUGAACCGAUAUCGAAUAAUCGAUUGGAGUGUAUAUUUUGUAAUAAUUAUUAUUAUUUUUUGUUACCCUUUUUUUGUAAGUAAUGUGUAGUAUUAAAUAUAUCUUAUUCCAUACGUAAGUUGUGAUGAUAACUUGUAUAGAAAAAAACAUUAUAAUUCUGUGUCUCGCAAUUUUUUUUAAGUUAUAAAUUUUGUAAAUAAUGUCGUUUUUUAUGUUACUUUGACAGCCGCGUGUGUAGUUUCGAUCGGAAAGUAUUAUUCGACAAUAUGAGAUGCAUGUAAAAUCAAUUUAUCGUAGGGGCUUUGGUAUUUUAUUGAGAGAAAUAAAUCAUGUAAUGCAAUCGAGUUUUAUAGUCAUUUUUACCGGUAUACAAAAAGUUGUCACUUGUAUACAUCGUCGGUCACUUGUAUACAAUGUUCUGACGCUCGUAUACUAUAUUUUGAGAUCGGUAUACAACUUUCGGACACUUGUAUAAUUCAGUUCGCCCCUGAAUUGAAACGAAACGGCUGUAAUUCCAUAAAUGAAACUUUGUUACGUCGAUAGUUUAAGAGAAAGUGCCCACAACACAGUACCUUUUAUAUGCCAUAUUCUGUUAAUAAAGUUAUGAGCUGUUUGAUUUUUAAUAAAAAUGCUUUGUUAAAUGUGUAGAUUAUUGACCCAUAUUAAUAGUUCAAGUUGGUUCGUACAAAUAAAUACCUUUUUCAUUUACAAUUCAAUGUUAUUUAAGUUUCGUUCACUAAAAAUAUUUGAAAUUUAAUACAAAUUGUGUUUAAUGUUAUUUUUUAUUGAAAUGAACAGCUUGUAAGAAUAAAAUAAAAUAUAUAUGUGUAAAACGGAACGCGCUUAGGGCGCGUCCGCAGAGAUAUAUUUUGUACCGUAGGCUAGUUUCACACCAAAAACCAUCCAUUUUUAUCACUAUUUAGGCUCUGCGCACAUUUUCAGUUUAUGCGAUUUUUUUGUAUCUAUAAUUAGCUUUUUCGGGAUAUUUGAAUUUCAAUUUAAAUCAAUUUAAUAAAUUAAUUAAUUAUGGAUAAUUAGCUGAGAAUGUUGUUAGAAUUAGUUGUAGUUACACCGGCGACUAAAAGUCGCAGAUCCUAUUCAUGUAGCGACUUUUUGAAUAUUUAAAUAUCGUUUAUCAAAAUUAUACAAUACUUGUUGAUUAUUGUGCGUAAUUUAUAUUAUUAGUGGAUUAGAAUUAAAUUCUAUUAAAAUUUGUGUCGUUGUUAGAUUGAGGAUGUGCGUAGAGACGCUUGCACGAGCUUCUAUAUACGUAUUGGGCUUUUAUAAAUAUUGUAUUUUGUACACUCGAAUAUAUAUAUCUUACGUGUUAACUAAAUUUUUGGGCUUAGCGCAGAUGUAGCGACUUUUUUGAAUUUUCAUAAAAAAUAUUUCUUGCAUUUCUAUCAAUUUACUCGAAUUUUGAAACAAUUUAUUCCUACUAGAUUGAAUGUUAUAAUGAAAAAGUAAAUUUGGUAUUUUUCGACCGACUUAUAGUCGCACGGUCUGUGCUAAGCCUUAGGUGUAUGUAGGAAAAUUUUAAUCUAUAUUAAUCAUUCCCUUAUUAAAUAUUACUUUUCGAUAUAUUUAUUAAAUAUAAAAUGUUAUGCUUGUAUCGGUUUAGGCUUCAGUGUAAUCAACGUGUUUGUAUGUAUGACCGUCGCAACCUACAUGCACCUCGCAAGCGCUUUCACCAUAAACAAAUGUACUAAAUAUUAGUAGUACCAAUAAAUACCGUUAAAUUA